AUGAUGAGCGAUUUAGUUGGAAAUUUCAGUUUUUCCCGCUUUACUGAAAGUGUAUUUGUUGCCCAACACUGGGGUGUUCGGAUUGCCUUUUCGAAAUUUUUUGGAACGUCGAAAGUUCCGGAAUAUUCCGAAUUUAAAAGUUUCGGAAUCCCAUUUUCCCAUCACAAAGACGCAAAAAUUGACAAACAUUUUUCAAAAACGCAAAAAAUACCAGGAGUAUUUCCGCUCGAGACCCGCAAGGAAACUUUCCAAUCCGCUUGCCAGGACGUCGAUGAAAUCGUCAUAUACGUGCCGGAAUUCGCUGGAUAUAGAGAGGUAAACAUAGACACAGCUAUAUCUCUAUGCCCCACACCACCCUUGGUUAGAAAAGAAUCACCCAACCGGAACCUGGAGAUGCGGCGUCGAUUCGAGAAGCUUCGUCGCGAGAAGAAGGAGGAGAAAAAGUUGUUGGGUGAUGAUGAAAAGGAGUUUAAUGAAGAAGAUGACGUGUUUGACGAAGGAGAAGGACUUCAGGUAAAAUUAUGUUUUCAAAAAGCUAUGCGAACAUUCGAUCCGAAAGCAUCGAUUCGAGAGGGCGAUGAAUCGAUGCCCAGUCUUCUGCCACGCACAGCACCGAUAAAGAAGACGAGAAAGCAUCGAAGAAGGCGUAGUGGGAGCUUCACAGGAGGUGUCUAUCCGAGGAAAGGCCAUCGAAACAGGAGUCUUCUUGGUUAUGCCAUACCACCACCCAAUAUCCAUUCGAAUGAUUGGAGGGACAUGUUGGCUAUCACUGAUAACAAAGACGAUAAGCUGAUGAAAACGAUGGAAGCCAUCAAAGAAGCAAUCAGAAAACAAGAGGAAGCUGAAAUGAAACUUCUCGGUCAGAGAAAGGUCAGAGAAAGUUGUUGUGUGCUUUCUGUGAAGAUCAUCACUCACACGAAUUGUUUUUGUAAGAGAGACAUAUUCUCAGCGACCUCUUCUUAUGUUCUGGGAGUCACUCGUUAUCUUCAACCAAAAGGUGGAGAUCAGGCGACUCCUACCACGUCAUCAGCAUUUGGUGGAAGAAGAGCCGAAGAAGGAAAUGUGGGACUCACAACGGCACAGACACAGGAUCAGACGAUGAAUUCUGGAAGUAAUGGACAGCUACCGGUAGCUUCUGGAGAUGUCUCUGUGACUGCGAACAGUGGUCAACUAGUACUACCCAUACCGCUUUUCAGUCAAAUGAGGUUCACUGAUUCCAAUAUGUCUUUGAACCGCCAUAAUUGGAUCAAGGAUACAUUUACGAGAAGAGAAUGCUCUCGAUUUAUUCCAUCGAGUCGGGAUCUCAGAAAGUGUGGAUGUGGAAGAUCGAAUGAAGCUCAUCGAAAUAUUCCUGAUCUUACUUCCGAAUUCCUAAGGCAAAAACGAUCUACUUUCGAUAAUGAUGACAUUCAAGCACAGAACACUACUUAUACCAGACGUGGUGCCAAUGAGAAAUGGAGCCUUCGUAGACAUACAGUAUCCCUCGCAACAAAUGCAUUCGGACAAGUCGAAUUUCAAGGUGGUCCCCAUCCAUACAAAGCACAGUAUGUCAGAAUGAAUUUUGAUACUGAACCAGCAUAUAUCAUGUCUCUAUUUGAACAUGUCUGGCAAAUUGCUCCUCCUCGUCUCAUCAUUACAGUGCACGGUGGCACAAGCAAUUUCGAUCUUCAACCGAAACUUGCCCGAGUCUUCCGCAAAGGUCUUCUAAAAGCUGCAUCAACAACUGGAGCCUGGAUCAUAACGAGUGGAUGUGAUACUGGAGUGGUGAAACACGUGGCAGCUGCAUUAGAAGGUGCUCAGUCUGCGGUACGAAACAAAAUUGUGUGCAUUGGAAUUGCUCCAUGGGGACUGUUGAAGAAGCGAGAGGAGUUCAUUGGACAGGAUAAGACGGUUCCAUACUUUCCGAGUUCAUCGAAAGGAAGAUUCAUUGGAUUGAACAACAGACAUUCAUACUUUUUGCUCGUGGACAACGGAACUGUUGGAAGAUACGGAGCAGAAGUGAUCCUUCGAAAGAGGCUCGAAAUGUACAUCUCGCAAAAGCAGAAAAUAUUUGGAGGCACUCGGAGUGUUCCAGUCGUUUGUGUUGUUCUUGAAGGUGGAAGUUGCACAAUUCGAUCGGUUCUCGACUAUGUCACAAAUGUUCCACGUGUUCCCGUAGUGGUUUGUGAUGGAAGUGGCAGAGCAGCAGAUCUUCUUGCUUUUGCGCAUCAGAAUGUCACUGAGGAUGGACUUCUUCCCGAUGACAUCCGUCGACAAGUACUUGCUCUUGUUGAAACAACAUUUGGGUGCAGCGAGGCUGCAGCUCAUCGUCUCCUUAACGAACUCAUCGUAUGCGCCCAACAUAAUAAUCUACUAACAAUCUUCCGACUCGGAGAAAAAGGAGAACACGAUGUGGACCAUGCUAUUCUCACGGCUCUUCUCAAAGGACAAAAUCUCUCGGCAUCGGACCAAUUGGCACUUGCGCUUGCAUGGAAUCGUGUAGAUAUUGCGAGAUCGGAUGUUUUUGCAAUGGGACAUGAAUGGCCACAAGCUGCUCUUCACAAUGCAAUGAUGGAAGCACUGAUUCAUGAUCGCGUUGAUUUUGUACGUCUACUUCUUGAACAGGGAAUAAACAUGCAAAAGUUUCUCACCAUAUCUCGGCUCGAUGAGCUCUACAAUACCGACAAAGGACCACCAAAUACCUUAUUUUACAUCGUCAGAGAUGUGGUUAGAGUGCGUCCUGGAUACCGUUAUAAAUUGCCGGAUAUUGGGUUGGUUAUUGAAAAGCUGAUGGGAAACUCCUAUAAAUGCUCUUACACUACUUCGUCAUUCCGAGAUAAAUACAAACAAAGGAUGAAGAAAUUAAAGAAUCUCCAGAAAAAAGCUAUGGGUGCUUUUCUCAACAGAACAUCUUGUGGUGGUUCUGGACUUGCGUCGAGACAGUCCACAGAAGGAUUGGGUGGGCUCGGAGGUGGACCUGUUGCUAGCGUUUUCGGAAACUCGUUUGGAAAUCAGGAACCCAUGUUCGAUGCUGGAAAUCGAUCAGCUCUAAGUGGAUCACGGGCAUUGAGCAAUCACAUAUUAUGGAGGAGUGCAUACCGCGGAAAUUUCCCAACCCUCCCAAUGCGACCUCCUAAUCUUGGCUGCGACUCCCGCGAUGGUACAUCUGAAUUUGAGGAAGAACUAUCUUUGACAUCAGCCUCCGAUGGUUCACAAACAGAAUCCGAUUUCCGAUACCCAUACAGCGAGUUGAUGAUAUGGGCGGUUCUUACAAAAAGACAAGAUAUGGCAAUGUGCAUGUGGCAACACGGAGAAGAGGCGAUGGCGAAGGCUCUUAUUGCAUGUCGAUUGUACAAAAGUAUGUCAACGGAAGCCGCAGAAGAUUACUUGGAAGUGGAGAUCUGUGAUGAGCUCAAAAAAUAUGCAGAAGAGUUCCGUCAGCUAUCUCUCGAAUUAUUAGAUCAUUGCUACCACGUCGAUGAUGCACAAACUCUCCAAUUGCUAACUUACGAGCUAUCCAAUUGGAGCAAUGAAACCUGUCUCGCACUGGCCGUCAUCGUUAACAACAAACACUUCCUUGCUCAUCCAUGCUGCCAGAUUCUCCUUGCCGACCUUUGGCAUGGAGGUCUUCGAAUUAGAACACAUUCCAAUAUCAAAGUUGUCUGCGGACUAAUAUGUCCUCCAUUCGUUACGAUGCUUGAAUUCAAAACACGUGAAGAGUUGUUGAAUCAACCACAGACUGCAGCUGAACAUCAGAAUGAAAUGAACUAUUGUAGUUCUUCUUCAAGCUCAUCCUCAUCGAGUUCUAGCUCAAGUUCAAGCGAUUCUAGUACUUUCGAAGAUGACGAUGACGAGCAUAAUCAUGAUCAGAAGAGAACUCGCAAGAACUCUCAAGGAAGCGUCCAAUCAAUGACAAUAGCUAAUCUAUUCCAAAGCAGAAGACGAAAGGCUAAAAAGACCGAGAAAUGUGAUAGAGAGACAGACGCAAGUGCUGGAGAAAUUGGACACAAACAAACUCAGAAUGGAGGUUUGACGGCAGAGUACGGUACCUUUGGAGAUCAAAAUGGCAUAUCACCAAAUCGUGCUAAUGGUCGUUCUCGUUAUAUCAGUAAUCAUCGAUCCGAUCUGAGCAAACCAACAACCGAUGUCUAUGGAUCUGAUCCGAAUCUCACAAAACUACAAAAAUCGAAUCUCACUUCGACGGAUCGUCCAAAUCUAAUGGAACAAUUUCAAGGAACCCGUAAAAUAAAAAUGCGUCGUCGGUUCUACGAAUUCUACUCAGCUCCAAUCACUACUUUCUGGUCAUGGACUAUCUCAUAUGCACUUUUUAUCAUCCUCUUCACCUACACUCUUUUAGUUAGAACGGAACCAGAACCCACUGUGAUUGAAUACAUUCUGAUUGCAUAUGUUGGGGUUUUUGGGUUGGAGCAGCUGAGAAAAAUAGUGAUGUCAGAUGCGAAACCGUACUAUGAAAAAGUUCGAACGUAUGUGUGCAAUUUUUGGAAUUGUAUUACUAUUCUUGCAAUCACUUUGUACAUUAUUGGUUUUCUGAUACGAUGCUUUGAAGACAUUAAAUAUCGUCAGUACGGAAGAGUUGUUCUGGCAUGCGACUCCGUGUUGUGGACUAUGAAAAUAUUGGACUAUCUGAGUGUUCAUCCGAAAUUGGGACCUUAUGUGACGAUGGCUGGAAAAAUGAUUCAGAAUAUGUCAUACAUAAUUGUGAUGUUAUGUGUGACUCUUCUAUCAUUUGGAUUAGCUCGCCAAAGUAUCACUUACCCAGAUGAAGAGUGGCAUUGGAUUCUGGUUCGAAACAUCUUCCUAAAACCAUAUUUCAUGUUGUACGGAGAAGUCUAUGCUGAUGAAAUCGACACUUGUGGUGAUGAAGCCUGGGAUCAACAUUUGGAAAAUAAUGAACCUGUGAUCCUUGGAAACGGAACAUCUGGGCUCUCAUGUGUUCCUGGCUACUGGAUUCCGCCUCUUCUCAUGACCUUCUUUUUGCUCAUUGCUAAUAUUCUGCUAAUGAGUAUGCUAAUUGCCAUUUUCAAUCACAUUUUCGAUGCCACCGAUGAAAUGUCGCAGCAGAUUUGGUUGUUCCAACGAUACAGACAGGUAAUGGAAUACGAAUCAACACCAUUUUUACCGCCUCCACUGACUCCUAUUUAUUAUUUUUAUAUGGCUAUACAAUUGUUGCGAUAUAAGUGUAGCAGUGAAAAAGUGCUAUGGGAGAACCCGAUGUUCGACUUUUCAUUAAAAUUAUUCUUGAAUGGCGAUCAAAUCGAAAAACUGCACGAUUUCGAAGAGGACUGUAUGGAGGAUUUGGCACGACAAAAAAUGAACGAAAAGAAUACGAGUAACGAGCAGAGGAUACUGAGAGCGGAUAUUCGAACUGACCAAAUCCUCAAUAGGCUAGUUGACCUACAAGCUAAAGAAACGAUGGGACGAGAUGCUAUCAAUGACGUUGAAGCUCGUCUGGCUUCUGUUGAGAAGACACAAAAUGAAAUUUUGGAAUGUGUUCGUGCUCUUCUCAACCAGCACACUAUGCCGACGAUGGGUCGUUGUAUGUCUCCCUCACCAGAAUCGGUCUCUGGAACACCUGGUCCGAUGCUUCUGAAAUUACCGGGAAGUAAUCCUAUAAUAGAGGAACAGGAUAACGAAUCAGCUGACAACAACAGCAGCCUUCCACCUGGACCAAUCAGAAGGAACAGAACGGCUACAAUUUGUGGAGGAUACGUUAGUGAGGAGAGAAAUGCGAUGCUUUUGUCUCCGAAACCAUCUGAAGUAUCUGGAAUUCCACAACAACGACUUCUGUCAGUGGCAUCUAUGGAUCCAUUGCCUGCACCGCAUGCAAAGUUGUCCACAAUGUCGAUUCGUCGUCGUCACGAGGAAUACACAUCGAUCACCGAUUCGAUCGCAGUCCGACAUCCCGAACGUCGGCUACGGAAUAAUCGUUCGAACAGUAGUGGUCAUGAUGAUUCACCAGUUGAUUCUGAUGGUGGAGAUAAUAUGAUCCCGUCGCCAAGAAAGCGAUCUACUAGAGAUCUUCGUAUCAAUCCUACGUUACAUGCCGAUGAGUCUCCCAGCAGAGAACAGAUUUAUGAAAGUAGCAUUUUAAUUAUUUGUUUUCAGGAUCGACAAGAUGGGGGAGAAGAAGAAGACGAAGCUCAAGCGGAUUGUGAGUUGACAGAUGUGAUAACUGAAGAAGAGGACGAAGAAGACGAUGAGCUGGACGGAGAGGAUGAUGAAGAGGAUCCCCAACAUCACCAUCAUCACCACCACCAUCAUUCUCAUCUCAUGCAACAUCCAAAAACAUCAUCUACUCGAAACCGACCAAUAUCUAAUACUCUAGAAACCGAUUUAUCUGAUGGAGAGCAGAUUGAGGUUGAAAUGAAAAAUCCUGUCAUCCAUCAAAUUGUUAACGAAGAAGAAGAAGCAACAGCAGCACCUCACUCAACUCCUGUUCUUGUUUCUCCUUCCACUUCAAGGGCUACGCUUUCUACGGAGAAGAAACCGAGCACUUCAUGA